AGUGUUUAUAAUAUCAACAAUUUAUACAUCUCGACAAUGAGAUAACACUAUCACAUUACUAUCAUCAAUUUAUAAUAAAUUUUAAGUACUAUUUUAAGCAAUUAAUUUUAUUAAUUUCGAAUUUUGAGCAUUGGAUAUUUACUGCUUUGUCACUAGGUGAUUUCUAUAAUUUAUCAUGGGUUGAAAAUUGCAAAACUUUACAAUGGACAAACUUACUGUUAUUUCGGGGACGUUGUUCUUGUUGGCUGAUGUGUUUGCAAUCGUCAGUUUGGCGAUGCCCGACUGGAUCAUUACUGAUGUAGGAGGCGACACUAGAUUGGGUUUGAUGUGGACGUGUAUGACCCUUUUUAACAGGCCACAAGUGUGUUUUACUCCUGAUCUGAGACUCGAAUGGUUAUUGGCUUUAGUCAGUAUUUUCAUUGGGUGUAUAUGUAUAACUACAACCAUCAUUUUGUUGGCCUCUUCACAUUGGGACCGUAAUGUCAUACCAUAUGCACGUUGGGUAGGAUUUACUGCCAUGGUACUGUUUUGUUUUGCUGCCGUUGUGUUUCCCAUGGGUUUUCAUAUACCCGAAAUUGGCGGUCAACCAUAUCAACUACCAAACAGUCAUCAAGUUGGCAUUUCAUACAUUUUAUUUGUAUUGUCACUAUGGGUAACUGUAAUAUCUGAGUUAUUUGCUGGCAAAGUGUGUUUACCCCAUUUCUAGAAGUACUCAUAAACUACAGAAUAUUUUGUUGUUUGUAUAAUCUACCUGAAUGAUACCAACUACCAAGUUUGAAAGCUAGGAAAUAAAUUAAAUAUUAUGCAAAUAAUAUACAGAUAUAUACAAGAAGAUCAAACUGGUUAGUUAAAAAAAAAUAAAACCAAGAACGCAUUGGAGGUUACAUAGCAAUAGCUAUAAAGAAAUCAUGUCAAAAAUACAUAUUUCUGCAAAUAUAUUCAUUGGAGAAAACAGAAAAUAUAUCUUGUUAAUUUUAAAAGCAUAUUAUGUAACUAUUAUAAUAUGAGUAAAAUUAAUUAAUUUUUGAAAUAAUUUACUUAGUGUAAAAAUAAAAUUGUAAAAUUCAUGAAAUAAUAAAGUUUAUUAUAUUAUGGUAA